AUGGUCAGGUUCACUCCUGCUGCCGCCGUUGCGGCUCUUUUGAGUCCUACAUCAGCCUCUCUUGUCGCACGGCAGACGGCUGCUAGCACCACCACCACGGCUGCUGGGUCUGAUCCCACGGCCAUCUCUCAUUGUUCCGUUGCCUCGUCUACUCAGUACUGCUUCUAUCCGGAUGGCGAGGUGGAAGUCGUGGCCGCCAAUGCGCCGGCUGCCACCGCUGCUUCGACGACUGCUGCUAUCGCUGCAACAGGCGCGCCAACGGCAGUCUCUGACUGCCACCUUCACGGAGUCACGGUCUUCUGCAUGUGGGGUACUACGGAAUACCAGGUCAUGACGACGCCUACCAACACUGCCGCCUCAGCGAUACCGACGACCUUCACUGAUUGUCAUGCUCAUGGCACUGAUACUUAUUGUCUCGCCCCUAACGGAGACGAUGUCGCGAUUGUUGCCGAGGGUGCUGAGUCUUCCGACCACGACCACACUAGCGGAGAAGAACCUCAGGGCGAAAACUGCCACUUCCACGCCGGUGUCGAGCAUUGCGUCGGCGCAGGCGAGAGCGAGAGUAGCAGCGGCACGAGAAGCUGCGAAAAGGUCACGCGCGACUAUAACAUUCCUCUGCGUGUUGGUCUCCUCUUUGUGAUCCUGGUCACUAGCGCUUUCGGAGUCUACUUCCCCAUCUUCAUGAUCAAGUGGAUGCCCACUAAGACGCACACCAUCUUCCUUAUUCUCAAGCAGUUCGGCACAGGUAUCAUCAUCUCCACCGCCUUCAUCCAUCUGUACACCCACGCCCAGCUCAUGUUUGGCAAUGAGUGCCUGGGCAGUCUUGGCUACGAGGGAACCACCUCUGCCAUUGUCAUGGCUGGUAUCUUCCUGUCUUUCCUGGUUGAGUACAUCGGAAAGCGCAUGGUCUUGGCAAAGAUGGCCGCCAAUCCUGGUGCAAUGACCCGUUUCUCUCCCGAGACAGUCACUGUCUUGGUCCUUGAGUGCGGCAUCAUCUUUCACUCUAUCUUGAUUGGCAUCACCCUUGUUGUAGCUGGUGACACCUUCUUCCUGACCCUCUUUGUUGUCAUUCUAUUCCAUCAGAUGUUUGAGGGUAUCGCACUAGGCACUCGCAUCGCCCAGCUCGGUCAACCGACCCCGGCUGAAAUGGCAGAGCGUCCUGCCCCGAGUGCGCCUGCCGAAGUCGAGCAAACCCCCUCUGCCGAGGGCAGCCUGAACUCCCUGAAGAAGCCCAGUUUCUCCCUCGUCAAGAAGCUCAUCCUCGCUUCUCCCUUUGCGCUCGUCACGCCCAUCGGAAUGGCCAUUGGAAUUGGCGUUCUCUCUCAGUUCAAUGGCAACGAUGGCGACACCAUCAUCGCCAUCGGUACUCUUGACGCGCUCUCCGCCGGCAUCCUCGUCUGGGUUGGUGUUGUGGAGAUGUGGGCAGAGGACUGGAUGCUGCCUGGCGCAGAGCUCCUGAGCACUGGCCCGAUCGUUACAACCCUUGCUUUCUUCGGUCUCAUCGCCGGCAUGAUCAUUAUGAGUGUGCUCGGCAAGUGGGCUUGA